AUGUCUCAUACAGCCCUAAUCACCGGCGCAACCGGCCUCCUAGGCCGUGAAGUCACCAAAUCCUUCAAACAGGCGGGAUGGAUGACGGUAGGGCAAGGAUUCAAUCGAGCAGCCCCGCCAACGAUUCUGAAAGCGAACUUGGAGGAUCCGGCGGAUGUGAAGAGGAUACUUGAUGAAGCCAAACCCCAGGUUGUUGUUCAUUGCGCCGCAAACCGUCAACCAGAUGCCUGCGAAAAGCAUCCCGAACAAGCCCGCAAAAUCAACGUUGAGGCAACCCGUGCCCUAGCAGAAGGCACCAACUCUCGAGGUAUUUUGUUGAUCUAUAUCUCUACAGACUAUGUCUUCGCCGGCCGCGAAGGCGAAGCACCGUACGAAACGGACGCAAAGCCUAGCCCCACAAAUCUCUACGGUGAAAUGAAACGCGAGGGCGAAGAGGUCGUGCUGGAAAUCACCAAGGAGAGGGGGAUGGGUAUCGUCCUGCGCGUCCCAGUCCUCUACGGACUGACAGAAUACAACGGCGAAAGCGCCGUAAACGUCAUCCUAGACGCAAUCGCAAAGAGCAAAGACGCCAACGCAAACCUGAAAAUGGAUGACUGGGCCCGACGCUUUCCGACAAACACCCAGGAUGUAGGACGGGUCUGCAACGAUAUCGCGGUCCGCUACAUCAAGGAUAAGCACAAUAUCAAAUCCCUACCCAAGAUCCUCCAUUUUUCGGCAGAGGAGGAUAUGACCAAGUACGAAAUUGCGCAGCGAUUAGCGCGGAUUUUGGGCGUCGAGAUUCCAGGGAUGGUUGCGAAUAAGGAAGGGAAUGACCCCAAUGCUGCUGUGCAGAGGCCGUAUAAUACGCAUUUGUCGACCAAGGUGCUCAAGGAGGUUGGGAUCAAUGUGCAGGCGAUCAAGUUUGACGAUUGGUGGAGAGCGUACUUGAGGAAGUAA